GUCCCGGCCCCGGCCCCUGCCCCGCCCGCCGGCGGACGGGGUCGGGACGCAAGCUCCGCUCGGUGAGCUGGCUGGCGCGUUGAGGGUAUGGGGCGGGCGGCUCGGGAGCUGCUGUGGGUGCUGCUGUGGGUGCUGCUGGGCUGCACCGGGGCGCAGUACGAGAAGUACAGCUUCCGGGGCUUCCCGCCCGAGGACCUGAUGCCGCUGGCCGCGGCCUACGGGCACGCACUGGAGCAGUACGAGGGCGAGGGCUGGCGCGAGAGCGCGCGCUACCUGGAGGCGGCGCUGCGGCUGCACCGGCUUCUGCGGGACAGCGAGGCCUUCUGCCACGCCAACUGCAGCGGGCCCACGCCGCCCACCGCCUCGGCUCCCGGGUCUGUGCCCGGCCCUGAUGGCGGUAGCAGCGACGACUGGGCCCGCGAGCUGCGGCUCUUCGGCCACGUCCUGGAGCGCGCCGCCUGUCUGCGGCGGUGCAAGCGGACGCUGCCCGCCUUCCAGGUGCCCUACCCACCGCGCCAGCUGCUGCGCGACUUUCAGAGCCGCCUGCCCUACCAGUACCUGCACUACGCACAGUUCAAGGCUAACCGGCUGGAGAAGGCGUUGGCUGCGGCCUACACCUUCCUCCAGAAAAACCCGAAGCACGAGCUAACCACCAAGUAUCUCAACUACUACCGCGGGCUGCUGGACGCGGCCGAGGAGCCCCUCACAGACUUGGAGGCGCAGCCCUACGAGGCGGUGUUCCUCCGGGCGGUGAAGCUCUACAACAGUGGGGAUUUCCGCAGCAGCACAGAGGACAUGGAGCGGGCCCUGGCCGAAUACCUGGCCAUCUUUGCCCGCUGUCUGGCUGGCUGCGAGGGAGCCCACGAGCAGGUGGACUUCAAGGACUUCUACCCCGCCAUAGCAGAUCUCUUUGCAGAAUCCCUGCAGUGCAAGGUGGACUGUGAGGCCAACUUGACCCCCAACGUGGGUGGCUACUUCGUGGAGAAGUUCGUGGCCACCAUGUAUCACUACCUGCAGUUUGCCUACUACAAGUUGAAUGACGUGCGCCAGGCAGCCCGCAGUGCUGCCAGCUACAUGCUCUUCGACCCCGAGGACAAUGUCAUGCAGCAGAACCUGGUGUAUUACCGCUUCCACCGGGCUCGCUGGGGCCUGGAGGAGGAGGACUUCCAGCCCCGGGAGGAGGCCUUGCUCUACCAUAACCAGACGGCUGAGCUACGGGAGCUGCUGGAGUUUGCACACAUGUACCUGCAGUCAGAUGAUGAGAUGGAGCUGGAGGAGACAGAACCACCCCUGAAGGCCAAGGAUCACCCAUCAGAUGCUGAAUUUGAAGGGCAGGGUGACUAUGAGGAGGGCAUUUACGCUGACUGGUGGCAGGAGCCAGACGCCAAGGGUGAUGAGGCUGAGGCUGAGCCAGAGCCUGCACUAGCAUGAAAAGAGGGCCACCCUGCACCCCUCAAGGGCUUGGGAAACCUGGGCCCAAUGGCACCACCUUCACCAGCCUGGGCAGCAGCAGGAACUAUUUAUUAAACAUAUAAGAUGGACAUAGCUGCCCAGGCCCCAUCCCAUCCCACCUGUGAGUGCUGCUCUCCAGACCCCGCCUGCUUCCUCGAUGGGUCUCUGGACCAUGGGUGGUGCUACGGCCGCUGACGACCGUCCUCCCCAGUGCUCACCCCACCUGGACAGUCGUCUGGAGAACAUUCCAGCUCCUCCUAGUUGGGGUCUCCGCCUGAAUUGUAGAGACAGAAGAGGGGCAGCUGGCAUCAUGAGAGCCCUGGACCAGGAGUCCAUUGGUUCUUGGCACACUGGCCGUGGGUGCUCAAUAAAUGUUUCUUGUUGAAUGAAUCA